UUAUUUUGUAGAAAUAGAAGUUCCUCAAUUUAGAUAUCAUGAAUAUUGGUAUUUGUUCUGAAAUAAAUUGUAGUUCGUGGCCGAUGUUCGUCGAAAAGAUGGUGACGGUAGCCGCUGUACGUCAACAACUCGCAAAUUUGGCACAUUCUGGCGGUUCUCAUAAGGAUCAAGCCGAAAAGUAUCGUUCAAUUUUAGAUGCGAUACUAGCUUCGGCUAACUCGAACCAAACACAAGCUAACGGAGAGCUUGUCGAUGCUUUAAAGGUUUUCAUCGAAGCAAUAACGAGUGUAUAUAUUUCAGUUGUAAAUGAAAAUGUAAGUCUAGUGAUAUCAAGGCAGGUUUUGACAGACGUUAGUAGCAGAUUACUUUCUUUACCUGAUGAAAUUUCUAAGGCUGUUUCACAUUAUACUCUAGAUAAGGUUCAACCUCGAGUUAUCUCUUUUGAGGAACAAGUAGCUAGUAUAAGACAACAUUUGGCUGAUAUUUAUGAACGUAAUCAAAAUUGGCGAGAAGCAGCAAAUGUGUUAGUAGGAAUUCCACUUGAGACAGGACAAAAACAAUAUACGGUUGAUUAUAAACUCGAAACUUAUCUUAAGAUUGCACGAUUGUAUCUAGAAGACGAUGAUCCAGUACAAGCUGAAGCUUUCAUUAAUAGAGCAUCUCUCUUGCAGGCAGAAUCUAAAAACGAACAAUUACAGAUCUAUUAUAAAGUUUGUUAUGCGAGAGUAUUAGAUUACAGAAGAAAAUUUAUAGAAGCGGCACAAAGAUAUAAUGAAUUAUCAUAUAGAUCGAUUAUACAUGAAGAUGAACGAAUGACCGCUCUUAGAAAUGCAUUAAUUUGUACAGUACUUGCUUCAGCUGGACAACAAAGAAGUCGUAUGUUAGCAACAUUAUUCAAAGAUGAACGUUGUCAACAACUUCCUGCAUAUUCAAUUUUGGAAAAGAUGUACUUAGAUCGUAUAAUUCGUCGUUCUGAACUUCAAGAAUUUGAAGCUCUUUUGCAACCACAUCAAAAAGCUUGUACUAUUGAUGGAUUGGGAUCUACUAUUCUUGAUAGAGCUGUUAUUGAACAUAAUUUAUUAUCUGCUAGCAAAUUAUAUAAUAAUAUUACCUUUGAAGAAUUGGGUGCUUUGCUGGAAAUUCCACCAACGAAAGCUGAAAAAAUUGCUAGUCAAAUGAUAACUGAAGGCAGAAUGAAUGGUUAUAUUGAUCAAAUUGAUUCUAUUGUACAUUUCGAAACACGUGAAACAUUACCAACUUGGGACAAACAGAUACAAUCAUUGUGCUAUCAAGUAAAUCAAAUAAUAGAAAAGAUUGCUCAAACCGAACCAGAAUGGAUUGCAAAAGCAAUAGAAGAUCAACUAGUUCACUAACAUCAGUCUUUGUUUAAUAAUGAAAAGAAUUCUCAUGGUAUAGGUAAUCUACUUUUGUGUUUAAUUCUUCAUCCAGCAUUUGGUUACUAUCACUCUCUUAUGAUCAAAUAUACAGAUUUGUUAUGCUAGGGAAGCUUUCACCUUAGUAUAUACAAAAUCUCUAUUGUAUUAUUAUUAUAAUAUAAAGACAAUUUUUUCAAAAGUUAAAAACUUGUAAGCACUACAUAAAUAUUAUAGAAAACUUU